AAAGAGAGCCGGAUGAACGGGCAGUACCAGCAGACAGUGGACCCCUUCAACAACGACAACAAGUACAGUCUGUUUGCAGUGGUGAACCACCAGGGGACGCUAGAGAGCGGCCAUUACACCACCUUCAUCCGGCAGCACAAGGACCAGUGGUUCAAAUGUGACGACGCCAUCAUCACCAAGGCCAGCAUCAGGGACGUGCUGGACAGUGAGGGGUACCUCUUGUUUUAUCACAAACAGUUCCUGGAGUACGAGUAGUUCCCAGCAGAGGAGACGAGGAGACGAGGGAGGAUUAGUUUCAUAGUGGAAAGGAGUGAUGAGAGAGAGGCAAGGAAACAAACAGAAACCUGCCUGUAUCCCUCUUAUUGGAACAACUACAUACUAACCUAGUUCAACUGUAUCACAUCCAAGAGAAAACACGUGCAAGAAAGAACAAAAUGCAAGACGUUCGAAGGAGAGAUCGGUACAGGAUGUUACAUUAAACAUUGUUCACUUGAAUUUAAAGGAUGAAGAAGAAUAGUCUUUACUUGAUUUCAGACAUUAGACGUGUUGCAUCCUGACGUUUUCCUCCUUUUCUCAGCGUCACAGAAGGGCAGAAGGUUAUUUUAAACCUUCAUUAACCUAGGAGAGGUUUACUUGAUCACAGAUGCUGUUUCUCACCGUGUAGACGACCAAAUAUAACAAGGGGGGAAGUUGUCUUAAUAUGAAUUUUCGUUUCAAAUGCAAAAAUCACCUGAAGAAUGGAAAUAUUAACGUUGUAUUGAGAGAGAGUUAAUUCCAUUGAUCACCUGUGUCGUUGUCAGUAAGAUAGGAAACGUCGUCUAUAACGAAGGAUAGUGAAUUGUAUAUUUUUAUACAUACUGUAAUUUGAAUUGUUUGUUUACGAUUUAGCAUUCUCCCUAAAAGAAAUCUCACAUCUGUGUUACAGUGUUCCGUCAAUCAUGUUUUUUUAUUACACAAAAAAGCUAAAUAGUGCUGAAAUUGUUGUCAUGAAAACUGCUGCUAUGGCGGAUUUUGUUUAUUUUAUAUGUUACUGUUUAAUUGUAUGGAAGCCAUGAGAGGCCAGUGAGAAAAUUGUCGGGUGGAAAGAAAAUGAUUUAGCUAGAAUUAUUUUCUAUUUCUAUAUUAAUAUACAUGUUUAAAAAAAGGAUUACAUUAUAUUUUUUUGUACAUAAGAAGAAGUGGUGUGUUGUUGUAAUACUCACGUCGGCCACAAGAGGUUUCACGAGAAUAAUUUGUUAUUUCUAUUUCAUUUUAUCUGUAAAAAAAACAGGUGAAAAUAAGACAUUUUUUGUUAGGAUUAUUUCUAAAGAGUUUCUUGUUGUAAUACUCGCGUCGGCCUCAAGAGGUUUUACCAGAAUAAUUAACCAAGGUACUGUAAAAACAUUUUUAUUUUAGCAUUCAUUGUAAGGGCUAAGUGUAUGCUGCUCUAAAUAGGAUACAAAAUAGUCAUCAUUUCUUUUCAGAUGAGUUUUAAUUUGUGUUUUUUGUCAGCAUUUCCAUUUUUUUUACCUCUUUAAAAAGUUAUCCUGCAAUAUACUUUUUUUUGUCUGGCAAAACCAUUUCCCCCACUUGUUUCAACAGUUUUAAAGUAAAACAACACAUCAAUCUUAAAAAACAGCCCUUUUUGUUUUCUCACUUGCCUCUCAGGGCUUCCGUAGUUUUGACUUUAAAUUGAUCCCAUUUGUUUGCCGUACAAAGGCAAAUUCUCCCUUCUUAAGAUCUGUUGUUGUGAUGGUGUGUAUCAGGAGUUUGAACCUUCAGUGUUAGCCGCAUGUUGCUCUAAUCUGGUGUGUGUGUGUGUGUGUGUGUGUGUGUGUGUGUGUGUGUGUGUGUGUGUGUGUGUGUGUGUGUGUGUGUGUGUGUGUGUGUGUGUGUGUGUGUGUGUGUGAAAAUGAAACCUCAGUGUUGGUGUGUUUGGAUCAAAUUUGUUAUUGGGCGUAAAGAGACAUAACAAAGUGUGUGUGUUGCUGUUUGUAUGCACGUGUGUCGUGCGUAUGUUCUUAUGUUCGUAUACUGAAUCAGUACUUUGCAUCAGCAUGCCGUUGGGAGCUGGGUAUCACAGUUUGAAGGAGUUUUUUUUCCACAUGUUGAUGAUGAUGAUGUAUGUAAAAGUAUAUAUGUACAGUUAGUAUGUAAGAGAAGACAAAUGAAGAAGCCUUAAAGUGGAUUUUGGGUUCGUUAAAUCAGAAAAAAAACGUUUGUUGUUGAGCCGGUCAGUCUUUCCUCGCACACACACAUGUAACUGCUGCAAGAACUGGACACUCAAAUAAAGAGAAUCUAUAUCUGUA